AUGGCUGCAGCGGACGUUGAGGCGGUCGAUUUUGAGCCUGAUGAGGACGACCUCAUGGACGAGGACGGAGCCGUCGACGUGGACGUGUCACCGGUGCCACAGCCACUGCCGAAGCUACGCUCCACCAUCACCAGCGGAAGGUCUGCUUACGCCGCCGGAGAGUCCAGCGUUACAAGGAAGACCAAGGGAAGGGGUUUCCGGGAGGAAGCUGAAGUAGAUCGCAACAACCGGCUCGCUGCCAAGGACUUCGAUUCUCUGGAUACAGAUGGCAGUCAGGGCCCUCAACGAUGUGAGCUCCUUUUUCUCCUUCUCUCAGUGGAAUUUGAGGGUUUUAUUUUGUUCAGCUGCGUUAUCACCGUCUCUGUUGCUGCGCGCGUUUUUUCCGGGUUUAGGGUUCUGUGGUGGUUCUGUCUCGUUUGAUUCAGUUUGUUUGCAAUGCAUCGUUCGACCAGUUUGUAUCCGGAGCUAUUCCUCUUUUUCUUUCACCUGAUUUGGUUCUCGAUCUUUCUGGAACUGAAUGAUGGGGACGAGUAUCGCGCUUCUAAUGAGAUAAACAGGAUAUUCUAGAGUAAAUAGAGCAGGUCAAGUGAUCUUCAAGAAAGUUGAUAUCUCAGCCCGUCUGUGUUCUAGACAAUGUUUUCCGGACCGUGCCGUAAACACAAUGCUACUCUUCAGUUAGGAAAAUGUGGGUUUCUACUAUUGUGACAAGUCAGCACCUUUGCUAUGGUGAGAUUUUAUGCCAGUGAAAGGGAGACACCACCAUUAUCUGUUGUAGUGGAGUCGGGUAAAGUUUUAACUACUAAACUCAUCGUUGUCUAUCUUACGAGACACUAUGGUUUGUGCCCAUAUUCUGCGACAUCUGUCAUUAAUAUAGCAGACUAAGUCCCUCAUCAAUGCCAAAAAUAGUCAGGAACUGUUUUUGUAUUUUUUUUUUUCGAGUUUUAUCAGAAUUUAAGGUUACACUCUCAGCGUAUACUCUGAAAACCCUGCUGAACCUUAUCAAGACUUUUAUGUGGCAUCCUGUGUGCAUUUCAGAUUCGCAUGUACUCCUGGUUUCUAGUGUCCCGCCAGUUUUCCAAUGGUGAUAUGAUAUUUUUAAUACUAAUGUAGCCUGCUGUUUUUGGGACCUAAGAAACUGUCGUGGGUAUAUUUAUCUUAGCGUAUAUGUAAUAUAUUCAACUGCGAAGAAAAAUCUCUUAUUUCAUGCUCUACUCAUGCACAAUACAAUAUGUUUAGAGUGCUUCCCGCUGGGGAUCAAUUCAGAUUUCUCUGAUCAAAUUACCAAGUUUGUAUAUCGUGUAAUUCGCAGCUCAAUUAUGCAUUUUAUGCAAAAUAGCUAGUUGCUUCAUAUGGGAAUAAGUUUUCACGUAUAACUUGAUCUAGCUAUGAUGAUUAGAUUACAUUUGGGGUUUCUAGUCGGGAUAAUCAGGUUCUCACCCUUUUGAGAACUUUUUACAGAUUUCACAUCGGUACUUUUCUAAAUUAUAGUUUUUCUCAUCUACGUUGGGUAUGACUUCAAUGUUAGUCUUCCAACUUUUAGAAUGAAUAAGGUCCUUUUUGAGAUUUUCUUUUCGCAAGGAAUAGUUAAACAGGCUGUGUAGGCUUUUUUCUUUUCUAAAUCAGUCUUUCAUUGUCAUGGAGUUCUAUCUCUACCGACUUUUUAUCUUCUAGCAUCUUCUUUCCGCUUAUGGCACAGUUCCCUUCUUUGAUGCCCUGGGGUUGUCAUGAGCCAUAACCCUGUUGUUCAGCGAAGCUGCUUGGUUGCAUUCAAUUGGUUAGUCAGGUCUCAUGAUAAAAACAGAAAUCUUGGCAGAUCAAGAAUAAUCUGGCAAGCUUUAUUAGGAUUUUGUUUGCAAUUCGCAAGUAAUGCACAAGAAGAACAUAAGAUCAGAAAUCAGUGCCGGCCAUUAUAAGAAGCCGAUUGUGGUAGACUUUCUGAAAUCCGAUUUAUUUCGUGAUUUAUAAAAUCUUUCUCAGUGGAGGGGUUUUUCUGUGUUUGCGCAGCCGUUGAGGGAUGGAUUAUACUGGUGACGGGGGUUCAUGAAGAGGCACAAGAGGACGACAUUCUCAAUUCUUUCCGUGAGUUUGGACAAGUUAAAAAUCUUCAUCUGAAUCUGGACCGCCGCACUGGAUUCGUCAAGGUGACUGAUCCACCUCAUCCAGCACCCUUUUUUUUCAUACAUUAUAAUUAUCUUACAUAUAUGAAUAUCACCUGCUAUGAUAACCGUUUAAUAGAUUUCAAUCAAGAUGACGGACUUGUCAAACAAUCUACCCAUUUUGUGAAAAUUCUAACACUUAUCCUCACACUUCUCAAGUCUCCCAUUUUGACUUAGGUUGACUUAGGUUGACUUAGGUUGCGGUAUCACCUUCAAUGAACCAUGUUGAAAGACACCUCCAUACGUGUCACCUACUCUUCCCUAUCUUUAGAAUAUUCCCAAAACCUUGGUGUGUUGAGUCAAACUAGGCCCACUGUGCUUCAACUUGCUCUCUUCGGCCAAGAUCAGCUGCUCAAGUGGGCCCCAUCCCCUGGAUCGGACGCUUCGCUGGGUCUGAGGAAUUCGUUCUGGUUGUAGGGGUACGCUCUGAUCGAGUACGAGAACUAUGAGGAGGCACGCGCCGCAAUAGAGGCGUUGAACGGGUCUGAGCUCCUCACGCAGAUCAUCUCAGUGGAUUGGGCCUUCAGCAAGGGCCCGUUUAGGCGCAGGAAUAUGAGGAGGAGGUGCGUUUACUUCUCCUCUUCUCGCCUCCCCCCCUUCCCCCAACCCCGGCAUUUUUGACUUGUGCUUCUGAUGACGUGGGUCUCGCAGGUCGCCCCGGCGUUCUAGGAGCCCCCGGAGGAGAUACUGA